GCCCACUCCUGCUGGAGCACGCGGUGGUGCUGACAGUAGGGAUUGGGGCAGUCGUGCUGCCGACGAGCAAGUCGAGGGAGAAGUGCAUCAACAGAGUAUGCGAGUCGCUAGAGCACGCACGGCGGGCAGAGAAGGCGCGUCGCGUCUUUACCCCAGCCCUCCCCGCUUAG